CAGGGUUGAACUUCAAAUUGGGACCAAUGCCUUCACCACUCAGGGCUAAAGUACAAAUAGUCCUGCCCGCCCUUAUCUCAAAAAAUUGUGUCUCCUGUAGACGAACAAGUAACUUUUUAAUAAAUGUCACAAAUGUCACUUUUAAUAAAACAAAAAAAAUAUCUUUAAUUGUUAUUAGCUAUUUAUUUAUCUGUAAUGUCUAAAUACGUAAAGUUAAAAAAUGCUGUGGCUUUUGGGUCUUCGAGGGAUAGGUUUAGCGGAGGUUUGGGUAUUCAUCCGGGGCUGGACCCUAACGGGGCCAUGGUCAAGAGGUCUUACAGCCUCUCACCGGGUCAAUAUAACCCAUGCGACAUCCCCUGUAGUUAUAAAGCGAGAUUUAACGAAAGUUGGAGAAAAAAAUUGGCGAUAGAACAAUGGUCAAAGAAUAUAGGGUACACGCACCCCGAAGUGCUCGCGGAAAGACAAUUCUUGCAGUCCACCAGGGGACCUGGUGCUUACGACAUUAACGAAAAUUUUUUUAAAAUCCAAAGUACUAACGUGGAAGGGGACAAUUCUUUUGGGAAACAGAAACGAUUUCGCAGUCUGGUCAAAGAUCAAACGCCACCCCCAGGGACGUAUACGGGCGACUGGAUAAACAAACCCAUCACAACUCACAAACAAAUGUCGAACGUCCCGUCGUUCGAAUGGGACGGCUUUGUCGACAGGUUCAGGGGCACGUCCCAGUCGUGGAAACAACCCCCUAACAUUUAUAACGUCAAAGACGGCGGCGGUAUAGACGAUUUGGUCGCCAAGAGGGUGUCCAUUAGGGGCCCUUACGAUCUAUUCACUGGUCCCAGAGACGGGUCAACAAUUAAAAAUCAUUUUUCUCCUGGGAUUGAUAAGGGACCAGAAGAAUAUUUCAAAGUAUACCCGAGCGAAUUUGAUAAAUUAUUGACGUCAUUCGACAAAAGAAGAUAUGGGAAGUUUUAUAAAGCGCGAAGAUGGGGCGCUAAGCCCACCUACAGAAACGCCCUGAACGAUAUGAGUUUGUGUUAUAAAAACCCUUCUGAGCCCGGGCCUGCCCAUUACAGCAUACUAAAAGAAAGAACCUUUACCCAAAGUUUGUAUCCGUUCAGUCAGUCGGUGAAAGAAGCAAAGCCGUCAAUUAAAUGGAAAAUAUUACCGGGGGUCGGUAGAUACAACCCCAGAGACCCACGUUGCUCCAAGACCUCGCACAAGUCGUGGAUGUUCUUGUCUAAGAUCGGUAGGCCCGAAUUUAAAGCCCCUGAGUAUAACGCUUUUUAAAAAUAAACAUUUUUCGGACUAAUAAAAUCGUAAAA